AUGCAGUUCGCCACUCUCAUCGCCUCCACCCUCGCCCUUGCUGGCAGCGCUUUUGCUGGUGAAGGAGCCUCCGCCAUACUCAACAUUGAGUCGUCUCACGGCGGAGCUGGCACCGGUCUCCGAAACCAGACUAUUAAUGUCGGCUUCGGCGGUGUCUACAACGGAGACCCCGUCCUCAAGGAGGUCUCUACCAUAUACCUUACUGGUACCACCGGGGAUAUCCCGAUAGAUGAUGUUAUGUGCUUCAGCUACAAGAACACCGACGGAACGGGUGACCACAGCACCGCCAUUACCUCCAAGACGCCGGCGCGCCUCUCGACGAACACCGUCGUGGUUGGCAGCAUUGUUUGCAAAUGGGGCAAAUAA